AAGAGGUAGAUCUAUGAGCUCCUUCUUGAUGCAUUCUUUCCAAGCAAAAUCAAUCCCCAAUAAUGAACCAAAAUGGAAGAUGACAAAGAAGAUAUCUUAACAUUUUUUCUCAUCCUUUGAUCAUUAAUUCCUUUAUUCAUGCACAAAUGCCUGUAGCAGAUCCCACUUCCGGGCGUUUAUUUAUAUGGCUCAUCUCUUGUUUCUUGUUUACCUCUAUCGCCGUUGGUGGCACCUUCCUCCUUUUGUACAUUAUCCUCCCUCAGAAUGAAGCUAGGCCUUGGCUUCCUAUUGCUGGUGUAACGCUAGUUUGCCUCCCUUGGAUUUUUUGGUGCUUUACUUGUCUUUAUCGCAUCAUUUCUCGAGCUCUCGGAGUUAGGGUUGUUAUUGGUGCUAGUGGCGGUGGUGGUAGUGGUGGUAGGGGUGGCAGCCGUGUUCAUUCUCGUUCAAACAUUUUUAAUGCAUCAGGGAACGUAGCAUCCCAUGUGCCUGCAAACAUUGACUCUCCAAUAGAGUCUGCUGAAGAAGGAGAUGGGAGGCAAGUCAAAUUUGGAGGGGCAGUGAUGUUGGGAGGGGGUGAUGAUGAUGACGACAAUGAAAAGAAGAAUGCAAGGAGUUUAUCAACAAGCAUUUCGAGCAAUGAUUUGUCUAUUGCUUCUCAAGAGAGUGAAAUGCCAUUAACCUCAGAUAUUGCAUCCUAAUGAUAUCUAUCACCUUUUUUAAGUGGAUGUAUCCAUCACUUUGAAAUUGAAGAAACUCUCUCGAUCCAUGAAUAAGGAAACCACUCUUUUCAUUUGCUAAACACAAAAAUUAUUCAUUCUCUUAGCCCUUCACCUAU